AUGUUGCAUUUAAAGCCUCACAAUUUGUUGCUGAUCAAGACGCUUACUGAGGCCCUAGAAUCUUACAAGAAUGGCAAACCUAAGGUCUCGGAUCAGAUCUUAUCAGACUUUGACUAUGUUACUUUCCAUAUUAUUAAUGACGAGAAUGAUUCAGGCAAGUUAUACGUGAGUAUUAGGACGAAAGCUUGGGAGAGUGUGCAGAAAGCAGGACCAGGGCUCCUUGAUUACUUGCAGGGAAAGUACGACGUUUUGCCAGGUAUUUCUUCACAGCGUACCCCAAAUCCAGGGUAUGAUCACACAUUGCUAGUGGACUUGAAUUCAUUGACGACAGACAGUAUUGUGCAGAUUUCACUCCUAAAAAUAUAUGUAAUGUCGUAUGUCUUCCAAUUGGCUUUUGACGAAAAUGCUCGCCUAGCACAACUUCCAGAAGAGCAACAAGAGUCUUCUACAGUACACGUUAUCCGCUAUAGAGACGACGAAAACAUCUAUAUUAAGCCAUCCGGCGACCGUAUCACUGUUAUAUUUGAAACUGUUUUCAAUGGAGAAACCGAUAAAGUUUUUGGUAAGGUGUUCUUGCAGGAAUUUGUUGAUGCCAGAAAGAGAAACCGCUCUAUUCAGUCGGCCCCACAAGUGCUCUUUGCCCAGAGUGUGCCCUUGGAAAUUGCAUCUGUGGUGUCACGUGAAACUCUUAAUGACAAGAGCAAGAGAUUCAUUACAUUCGUGUUAUUCCCACGUCAUUUUGCAACUCCUGAUUUACAGUUUUCGUCUGUGUGCCAAUUGGCUCUUUUCCGGAAUUACUUCCACUAUCACAUCAAGUGCUCUAAAGCUUACAUGCACACAAGAAUGCGUCACAGAGUCAACUCUUUUAUAAAAGUGUUGAACAGGGCGAAGGUUGAUAGCGAAGAGCGUGAUCAGGAUGAACAAAGGAGGACCAUAACAGGUAGGAAGAUGGCCUACUAA